AUGAAAUCAAUGACCAGUCAUGAUACAUUAUCUGUACCCCGUGAUUUUAUUUGUCCAAUAACCAGAGAAAUUAUGCAAAAUCCCGUUUUACUUGUUGAAGAUGGUCAUUCAUAUGAAUUUGAUGCAAUAGAACGUUGGUUAACCGAUAAUAACACUUCACCAAUGACAAAUAAGACCUUGAAUGAUCGUCGUUUUGUAAAUAAUUUUAAUUUAAAAAGUGCUAUUGAAGAAUAUUGUGCUCAACAAAAUACAAUUCUAUCGUCAAAUCAAUUUUUAACAUUUAAUAUUCGUUACAGUCGUAUGCCUAAUACAUGGAAAAAUAAACCUACAUUGAAUAUUCGUCUUAGUCUUCUUGGCAGUUCGAAUGCAGGUAAAACAACACUUGCAAGAUAUCUUCAAUAUGGCUUACAAUCAAAAUUUGUACAUUUAAAUUCUACAGUAACUGUAGCAGCGGAUAUUUCGUUUUUUUAUUUGGAUCAAUUAUAUGAAGAUAAAUAUGUUGUUAUAAUUCAACUUUCGGAUAUACCUGGCAUGGAACGAUAUGAAUCAUGUUGUGAUAAUCAUUUUCGGCAUUGCCAUGGUGCACUUAUAGUUACGGAUUCAACAGAUAUUGAUACACUUCAACGUGCAGAACUCUACUGGUAUAAACAAUUACAAUUGAAAGGACAAGAUCAUGUAGAAUCUAUGCUUGUAUGCAACAAAAGUGAUCUAUUUCAAGAACAUUGUGACGAUGAUUAUCGAAGAAUAUUUUUAGAACGUGCUGAAAAUUUUGCAUCAUUACAUCAAAUGCCUAUUCAUCAUGUAUCUGCAUUACAAGGCGACAAUAUUUCAUCCAUAUUUAAACAAUUAAUAUUACGGAUUUUACAGAAUGAAUUGUUAUUAGAUCAAAUUAAAGAAAGUAGUAGUUUAGAUGAAAGAUCUUCAAUAAAAUUAAAACGGAUGCGACGUGCACCAGCUACUCAGGUUUCACUUCAAUCAUCAACAACAGAAGAUGAUUGCGAUAGAAAUUCAUCUCGGCGUUGCUGUUAA